AUGGAUGACAUACAAACAUCCAGAGAUGAAGAUUUUUCUCCAGGAUGCAGUUCAGUUCAGACUGAGAGAUCAGAACCAGAGGCCAGCUGUGUGUCUGUGAGGCCAAUCCUGCCACAGAGAUCAGCCGUAACAAAACCCAUCUGUGAGAAGAAUGACCAGUCUAUGAAUCAACUAGAGGACUGUAAUGAAAGCAGCCAUGAAGUCCUAAACACGUUUAGAUCAAAUCUGAUGAAGAAGUUUGAGCGUCUGUAUGAAGGAACAGCAAAGCAGGGAAACCCAACACUCCUGAAUGAGAUCUACACAGAGCUCUACAUCACAGAGGGGGACAGUGGAGAGAUCAGUAAUGAGCAUGAGGUGAGACAGAUUGAGACACAAUCCAGGAGAGCAGCAACAGAGGACACACCGAUCAAAUGCAAUGACAUCUUUAGACCUUUACCUGGACAAGGCAAACACAUCAGAACUGUGCUGACAAAGGGAGUCGCUGGCAUUGGAAAAACAGUCUCUGUGCAGAAGUUCAUCCUAGACUGGGCUGAAGGGAAAGUGAAUCAGGACGUCCAGCUUAUAUUUCCACUACCUUUCAGAGAGCUCAAUUUGAUGAAGUACAAAACAUUCAGUCUUUCAGGUCUUCUUCAUGUCUUUUUCCAUGAAACAAAAGAAAUGGAAAUAUCCAGUGACAAAUAUAAAGUGCUGUUCAUCUUUGAUGGUUUGGAUGAGUGUCGUCUGUCUCUGGAUUUUCAGAGCGAUGUGAGGUUGUGUGAUGUAAGUGAAUCAGCCUCAGUGGAUGUGCUGCUGAUGAACCUCAUUGCAGGGAAUCUGCUUCCCUCUGCUCUCAUCUGGAUCACCUCCAGACCAGCAGCAGCUGAUCUCGUCCCCUCUAAGUGUGUCCAUCGAGUGACAGAGGUACGAGGCUUCAAUGAUCCACAGAAGGAGGAAUACUUCAGGAAGAGAAUCAGUGAUCAGAGUCUGGCCAAUAAAAUCAUCUCACACCUGAAGUCAUCAAGGAGCCUCUACAUCAUGUGCCACAUCCCAGUGUUCUGCUGGAUCUCUGCCACUGUUCUAGAGAAGAUGUUGACUGAAGCAGAGAGUGGAGAGAUUCCCAAGACUCUCACUCAAAUGUACACACGCUUCCUGAUCCUUCAGACCAACAUCAAACAUGAGAAGGACUAUAAGAAGAAACUGACAGAUGAAGACAUGAUCCUCAAACUGGGGAAAGUGGCUUUUCAGCAGCUUGUGAAAGGCAAUGUGAUCUUCUAUGAGGACGAUCUGAGAGAGUGUGGCAUUGAUGUGACAGAAGCAUCAAUGUACUCAGGAUUGUGCACUCAGCUCUUCAGAGAGGAGUCAGGCUUGUAUCAGGGGAAAGUCUUCUGCUUUGUUCAUCUGAGCAUUCAGGAACAUCUAGCGGCUUUAUAUGUGCACCUCUGCUUCACAAACAACAACAGAAAUCUAUUUGACCCAGUCACCAAACCAGGUUUGUUGUCUAUAUUUAGGGACUUGUUUAAACAAUUUACAUUUUCUGAGCUCCAUCAAAGAGCUGUGAAUGAGGCUCUACAGAGUAAAAAUGGCCAUCUGGACCUUUUCCUGCGGUUCCUUCUGGGUCUGUCAGUGGAUUCUCAUCAGAUUCUCCUACAGGGACUAAUGACACUGAGAAGAAGCCAAUCUGACAGAAAUGAAAAAACAGUUGAGUACAUCAAGGAGAUGAUCAGGACCAUUGACUCUCCAGAGAAAUCCAUCAAUCUGUUCCACUGUCUGAAUGAACUGGGUGAUCAUUCACUAGUGGAGGAAAUACAACAGUAUCUGAAAUCUGGAACAAUAAUUGAAGCCAAACUCUCUUCAUCUCAGUGGUCAGCUGUAGUUUUUGUGUUGUUGACAUCAGAGAAGAAGCUGAAUGAGUUUGAUAUUAAUACAUUUGUUGGAGAAAACAAUAAAUCUGAAAAACUGAAGGUUCUUCAAAGGCUGCUACCUGUGAUUAAAGUUCAUUUGAGUGAUUGUGGUGUCACAGAGAAAGAUUGUGCUGCUCUGACUUCACUUCUAAGAUUAAACCCCUCACAGCUGAAACAACUGAAUCUGGAUAAUAGAAAACUACAAGAUUCGGGUGUGAAGCUUGUCUCUGUUGUACUGGAAGAUCCUGACUGUAAACUGGAGAAACUCUGGGUUUUUGAAAUCUGGCACUGGAGGACCAUGGCCCUGCAGAGUUUAGCUCUACCCUGA